UGCUAGAACGCUGGAGGCCUCUUGACCAUGCCGAUGUGCUAGCGUCGAGCAGUGGAAGCGGAGUUGAAACGCUCAUUCACACGUCUUCGAUAAGGUUAUUAUGCUUGCGAAACUCACAGAACACGGCAUCCCGCCGGCAUCUUACCCUCCUGGAAAGGCAUAUAAGGAUGCUAUUCCACCCAAAUUUUCAGUCGUCUCUUGAACUUCCUCUCACCUUGAGAAAAGGCCCCUUCUCUUACGGACACAGUGCAGACUGUGACAAGCUUACAAUACGAUGAAGGUCCUCGUCCUCGGCGCAUCCGGCGCCAUCGGGUUUCCCGUCUCUCAGGCCCUGGUCCGGGCUGGCCACGAAGUCUACGCGCAGACCCGCGACGAAAAGAAGCGGACGCUGUUCGAGAGCGAAGAGUUCACGCCAAUCGUGCUUGACCCAACAGCGGACAAGUCGUGGUCCAAGCUCGUUCCUACUGUCGAUGCUGUCAUUGAUACGUUGGGCGGCACGACGCCAAUCAACACACUUGCACUCGAGAAUGUGCAAGAGGCCGAGCGUGCGGCGAAGGAGUCUCGAAAUGCCACGGCGUCGAAGCUGACGUACAUCUGGACCUCGGGCACCUGGAUCCACGGUGAAGACCGCUUGUCUCUCUCUUCGGACGGCAGUGCUAUCGAGCAUGCUCCCGCUCUAACCGCUUGGCGGCCCUCCGUCGAGCAGCCACUGAUCAAGAGCACGAUCUUAAAUGGCAUCGUCAUCCGCCCGAGCAUGCUGUACGGUCGAGGAGGCAGCAUCUUUGGCUCUUUCAUUGGUCAGGCCGCCAAGGGUGGGCCUGUUUAUCUUCCUGGAGACGAGGGCGUGAGGUUUGCCACGGUUCACGCCGACGACCUUGCUCAGUGCUACCGUCUCGCCGUUGAAAAGGCCCCAAUCGCCGCUGGUAACAUCUUUGACGCUUCCAAUGCCUACACUGUGCCUCUCCUUGGCUUCAUCCAUCAGCUGUCUGCUGUGUCCGGCCUUUCGUUGGACAAGUUCGUGAUCAAGAAACCCGAAGGAGCAUUUGAAGCUGCCGUGGCGACGACGAGCAAUGUCAGACCGACGCUGGCGAGGAGCCUGCUUGGCUGGGAGACGCUCAAGCCGAGCCUCAUUGAUGGCCUCGCCACGUACUACCGCGCCUGCAUUGCCAAUGACAAGCUCUCCUAG